AUGGCUAUCGCUCAAUACAACCAACUGACCAUUCUUAAUGAGUUUUCUCUUUUGGAUUCCUUUCCAGGUGAUGUCCAGGGCGUCGAGAUGGCUCCCAUCCAACAGCAUCAAUUCAUCCCGCUCACAGAGGUCCUGUGCCUCAUCAUCUCGGAGAUGAACAAACGCAAGCUGAUGGCCACCCCGGACACCAUCCGUGACAAGCUGGCUGAGUGCUACUCCAAGAUGCCGGUCCCUAACCCGGAGAUCAUCCACAAGAGUCUCAACCACCUCCUGGUUGAGAGGAAGAUUGAGCAGAAUGGCAACGGCAAGGGGUACAUGAUCGUUGGUUUGGACAAGCUACCUCCCGAGAGUCCCUCAGGAGAUGAACUGGAGCAUGUUGUCACUAAACCCAAGAGCAAACCAGUACAGCAACAACAACAACAACAACAGGGGGAUCGGGUUUACUUGGUGUACAAAGAUGGGGAGUUGACUCGACAUGCCUUGCCAGCGUCGUCUAAUAUGGUCGAUAAGAGCACCCAGACUGUACGAUCCAGAAGCGAUUCCUCAUCUCCGAGACCUGUGUCCUACCCGGCCAACCCCAACAUGGGUACGAUCUACGAGAAAAGCCACACAAUAGGGACCAGCAGCCCUUCCAAGCAGCGGAACGUGGAUGCCCAGGCGAGUCCCUUGCAGCGCAGCCACUCCAUGAGGGAGCGACGAAGCCCAGCCAGACGGAACAACUUCGACCGGACCGGCUCUAUGAGAGCUAAGGCCAACGAGCUGGACACAGGAUACUUCACCUCGGAUUCGGAAGCCAAGCAAUCGUGCUUCGGUCGGCUCCUCGGAAAGUCGGCCAAAAAGAAAGCCAUGGCACAGACCAACAUGAAUCAUCAGACAUUCUCGGCUCAGUUUCCCCCAUCAGACAUUCACGAUCCAUUCUUCAACUAUGCUCACUGGCUUGGCAAGUCACCCCAGAAGGUGGCUUUGAAUUCAGUGGUUGCCUCAAGCCCGAAAAGCAGCAGCAGCAAAGAUAAAACCAAGUCAAGUGGAGCAUCCCCUUCUAAUGGUAUGGGAACAUCAACUAAGAAGGACGGAGCCAAGAAAGUGCACAAGGAUGUCAACCAUUACCAAGUUGAGCACGGUCGGUUGACUCAAACUGCCAAAAUGCUCCAGCAGAAAUACCACGAUAACGCUCAGGAGUCAAUGCCCGAGUCAGAGCAGGAGUUCCUGAAGCCGACACUCAUGUACGAUGAGAAGUUCCGAACAAAAGUUGUGUCUGAGCAGAUACAGCCGGGGAAGAACACCAAAAAGAAUGAUAAGAUGAAGCAUUAUUUCACGUCGAUUCAAAGCAACAAGCCACAGCAGAUGCAACCGUUUGAUGGGAUCAGCACAGAGAAUGACUCAGAGAUCGAAAUGCAGCGGCGAAAUGACAUUGCAGCCGAAAAACGGCGGCAAAAACUGGAACAAUUGAAGGAGCGCAGACAGGCCCGAAUCUUCACUGCCCACAGAGCCAUGAAAGAAUCGGAGAUGGUUGAUCCGAUGGAUUACCCGCCUGCUGGAAUGGAACUGCCUGGUUCACAAAUGCCCAGUGGCUCUGCGGGCCAUCCCACUAGUCCUGGAGGGGGUAACGCAAAUGAUAUGGAAACACCUGAACCCAUCAGACGGCAAGUAAUGGUGAUGAAAAGGACAGAGACUGUGGAAGUAAAGCAUGCUGGACUCAGUCCAACCUCGGGCCCUUUCCCUGCAGCCUUGCAAACGCCAAAGAACUACAAUGGGUACCGACGGUCGGAACCUCAGGCCAACUACAAUGACCCAACUGAGCGUGAGCAGUACUACCGUGACGAGGAAAUUGACAAUUACAUGCGGGAAGAGCAGCGCAAGCAACUGGUGGACGAUAUGCAAGAUCCCAUGAGCUCACCGCAACGGGAUACCAACGGUUUCUCCUCGUACCCUCAACACCAAGGUAGCCAGAUAACCGUUGAUCGUCGGGAGGGAGCCAGCCAAAUGACAAUGGCGGUCAAUCCACGUCCGAUAUCCCUUGACAACUUGGACAAUGAACGUCCACCUCCCCCGCCACCCAUACGAUUCAAUUCCCAAUCAGACCGCAGCCCCGGACACCAACCACCCGUUCACAGCGUCCACCCUUCCCAGGUCUACAUGCAGAGCCCGACUGGUAUCCACCCAGAGUACCCAAGCCAAAUCCCAGUCCACCAAAGGGUGGAGAGUCUGUCCAGCUCGACGGGGGACAGCGGGUUCAACUCCCCGCGAUCAUCCCUCGCACAGGGCCAUAACAACAACUCCCCGGUCGAUCAGAUGACCUACGACCCGCUCCACAAUCGACACAGCACCACCACGGGAAUCCCUGUCCUCAUCAAGCCUAUCCCGCGCCAGACCCAGAACGACUUGGACAACCAGAACAUUGACAACAGCAAUCGCAUGAUCAAGUCCACGUCCAACCCCACGCACCUCCACUCCACCUUCGGCAAGCAAGUCAACCCAGCAGAUCCGUCGGUGAAGAGAAAGUUCAAGAGUUCAGAUACCAUGGAUGCCAUCUCGGACACAUCUGAAAAAACGGCGUACAGUGCCAUGAGUCGGAGGUCUAGACUAGAUCGUCCUAAAAGCUUUGAAGUCAUCGGAACAGUAUAAACAAAAACAACUUGGUUCUGGUAAAGCCAGGACUAAUAUAAUGGUUUAUUUUUAAGCCCAAAACACCUAACAGUUUUGAUACUGUAUGCCUGCUUAAAGGUUUCAAAAACCUAUAUAAGUUAAAAGAUAAUCUAGAAUACAGUUAUAAGUUACCUAAAAAAAUAAUCUUUUUGUGACCGUUGUAUAAAUGUAUAUAACUCUCUUUUUUCGGUGGAUAGUUUUUAAACCAGUUACAUUUAUCAUAGGAAAUGAAAGAUUAAUGUUACAUCAGACCUUAAUAUAAUUCUUUUAAUACCAAAGAUUGUCAAGCUGUGUAUUUGUUUUGUUUGUAAAAUACUGUACAAAAGAUGUCAAAUGUUGUACACUGUACCUGUAUGAGGUUUAGACUGUUUCUCACGCUAGUUCUUAAUGUAAAAUAAAAUAAAUUGUAGAUGGUCCACAAAAAAUAUUUUGUAGAGUAGCAAGACUAUAAUUUUAGGUUUCUAGAAGUACAUUGUUAAUAUGCAUGACUCUUUGUAAAGUAAUGUACAUUUGUUUCUUGGGGUGGGGGGGGGGGGGUUCUGAGUUCAAUAUUUGUCAACUCAAUUGAUUACAGAAAGCUGAAAUUGUUCAAAUUUGGAUGAAACAGCUUAAAGUAGAGACUAGAGAUUAAAAGAUUUUAGGGGCUUCUGCCAUGGAAAUAUAUGUAAAUAUUGUCAGCCGUUGUAUAUUUAUAAGUCAUGUUAAAAAUCAAGUUACCAUUUCACAACCCAGUGUUUUAUUUCUUGUUCAACAUACCCUCAUAUUUUUACCAAAUACAUGCUGAAAUUGGACAGCAAGAAUGCUGAAAUUGGACAGCAAUACAUGCAUAAAACAAGCAUGUUUUUGUUUACAUGCAUGUGUACAUGUACAUGAUAAGGUGAAAGACGCAUUUUAUUGGGGAAAAAAUAUGAGUAGUACAUGUAUAUGACAACACAUGCGUAAGUUUUGUACAGAUUGUAGGGAAAUAAGCACUUAAAUUAAUGAAACUAUAGUAAAAGUGAUUAAUAUUGCGCGAUUUGAUGUACUUAAGAAUCCCUGCGGUUGUUUUGUGAAGUGAUCAUGUGUAAUAGUAAUUGAAGCUGCGUCAUUUGUAAUUAUGUGUAUAGUUCACUUAGAGUAAAAUAUCUUGUAUAUGUUUCUGAGAGUUGCACCAGAAGUUUUGUUCCUCUUGUAAAAUAUUCACCAAUUUGUAAAGCUGCUGCAAAAAAAUUAUAUGAUGCACUAAAUGUGGGGUAAAAUUCAUCGAAAUGGAAAGAAAUCCAUGUCAAUUUUGAAGGCUAAAAUCUCUGUUCAACAUAUGAGUUGAUUUUCCAAAACACCACCAACGCCAUUUUGUUCUCUUUUAGAGUCCUACCCUGUUACAGCUGUUGUACUGUGUAUAUUCUAUAUGUUUUCAUAGCGGUGCACAACUUUUUCACAUUUUCAAAUGGAUAUAUCGCGUUUUGGAUGUAAACUCUUCACGUUUGGACGUAUUUGUACUCUUGUAUAUGCAUUGUAUGUUGUACAGUGCUGUAAUAAGGCAAAAUUGUAUCUGUUACAAAGCAUCUGCUACGAAUGAACCAUUCAUCAACCCAGUUUUGUGGGCUUUCAAUUAGCACAGUUCAGCAAGUGAAAAACCACUCAGAAUCUCCAAAAAAUGUUUGGAGUAUAAAUAUUUACACUCGUUAAUGAACCAACCCUUACUUUUAACUUCAUUUGCGAUUGUUGUAUGAAUUUCUUUUCAUUUCCAUGAAACGCUGCCCAAACUAAUGUAAUAAUGUAAUUAUAAAUACUUACAAAUUGAAAAGGUCCUUUAAUUUAUUGUUAACAGUAUUUUGUUAGUUUUUGUUGAUUUUACUCUUUUUCCAUUUGUCUACAAUCACUUUCAACAAUUAAAUGUAAUUCAAUUGCACUUUAAAAUAUUCAUAAAUAUAUGCACCAAAAUAUGCAUGUUCGUGUUCCUUGUGCUACAGAAUUUUGCAAUCUUGAAGUAUUUUGUUUCACGGCUAAUAUAACAAAAAGAAAGUGUUUGUCAUCAUAAAUGCACUAGACCUCUAAAAAAAAAAAAAAAAAAACUUGCUUUAAUGUCAGGUAUUGGUAAGCUUUCUUCCCCUGGUCAGAUUUUUUUCAUUUAUAAUUUUAUGGAACUUUUUCUAAUUUGGACCUCUGUAAUUUUAAAGAUUAUUUAACAAUUUCAUGCUGAAGAAUUGAUAUUUGUUUAGCUUUAAUAUUUCAGACAGCCACAAAUUCAUAAAUUAAAAAAAUGAUCUUAUGUGAAAUUUUAGGUUUAAAAAAAUUGGUCUAGAGAGAGACUUGUAACUUGUUGCUCGCGGGAUCUCAUUGCAUCUUCAUCAGUAGUGCAGCCCAAUCCUUACGGCCAUGCUACACACUCGACCGUAUCGCUCGUAAUGCCUUGAUGUCGAUACACCCACAGGCUUCCAGGUGUUCAGGAAGCCAGAGGGAUUGUGGGAUACCGCCUCGGGAAUGGGACUGGUAAUAGCCAUCGAUGGAGCGAUGUUCAGAGAAUUACUGGCAGGGAAGGGGGGGGGGGGGUUAAGGCUUGUGAAUACAUGUCUUCUUCAAGGCAUUGACAACGAAACAUCAAUAGUGCAGAAGAUAAGCUUUGGGUAAACGGUGAAAGUAGCUGCACUAAUGAAGUAUCGACCGUCCGUUAUCUGAAAGGGGCACAUGUUAUGGAUCAAUCGACACUAUUGCAGGUUUUUUUUAUGCUGCAUUCCAAAAAGGACAACUUUGGGUAGAUUUAUUAUAACAACAUGUGCUUAAUGACUCCAUGGAUAAACAGUACGUGACGCUUUGUCCUCACUCAUGAGAGAUCUGUGAGCAGGGCACACACUGUGCGCACACUGCUUCCCGCUUGCAUGGCGCGAAGUACGCACAAUUUUAAUAUUCAUCUGAACAUGCAACUUGCGUACUUAGACUGUGUAGUAAAAUUCAUUAGUUAGUGAUUUGCACUUGGUCACUCUAUAAAUUGGGGUCCACUUUUUUUUCCUUUCCCUGUUACAUCUGACAUGUAUGAUUUUGUAAAUUCUGGACGCACUUCUUAAUGCCUACCCAUCUCAGAAUAGAUUGAACAAAUGUUCAAUGAUAUGUGAGCCGAAAAUUAAAAAGUUCAGAGGAAACAGGGACAGGAAAAAUGUCACACUUUGGAUCCUACAUUAAAAGAAUGACCCACUUGCCUGAACCCAUGAUGGAACAUUGCCCUACUAAAUGUUUAUUAGUAAAUCUCUCUCAAAAACAAUAAACCAGUCAUUUUGAUUGUUCAUGUGCUUGGUAAUACCAUGGCAAUAAUCUGCAUUUUGACUCAUAUAACUGGGCAUUGUAUUUUUGUAGUUUCUGACCUAUCCAAAAUGGUUAUUCAUGUCCUUUGCUUAUGGAAAGUUCAUGACACUGCUAGGCAAAAAAUAAUUCAUGUACUAUAAAGCAAAAGUCUGCCGAGUACCAGUCACUAGCAGUAUACAUUGCAUGACUGGUUUGGCUGGUAACCCAUUUUGCUAAGCAUGUAUUUUCUAUGCUUAGUAGUUUUCUGCAGUUCCAUGUAAUGGGACAGAUGGUGUUUUUUUAACAAAUAAUGUCUGGACUGCCCUCAAGAAAUGCUUCGCUUGUGAUUGAAAAGUUGAGAAGGUUAAUGUAUUGUGUGUGGGUUGGUGGACUUAAUGUGAUUAAAAAUUUGAUCAAGAUUGGAUUUUGAGGAUCCUAAGAAUCAA